AUGUAUGGCCAUUUAACGCAACCUCGGAUAUCCAGCCGAUCCUCUGACAAGUUGAAGCCACUGAUAAACGUGAGCAACGUAAACCUACCCGUUUGCUACCGGUAUUCUGGCUUUCCGGUGAGACCUUUGGUGCUUGUGUGUUUGGCCGCGUCCCGUUUGACAGUAAGAUUCAAAUUGAGAGUUCGUCAUUUAAACCUUCUCCAAACUUGUAUUUUUUGUCAUCUUGUAUUUCUGUUAUCUCCUACAAGGUGUUACCUGACUUUCCUAAUCCUGGACAAAUUUAUACAGGAAGUCCAUUUGAUACGUUGACUAAUUAGUGAUCAGUGCUGACCACAUUUAAUUGUGCACCUGACAAAGCUCGAGUUUAUACACGACCAUGUAUAAACUUUCGCCACUAUCGUAUUGCUAAAGAUUACCGCCUUAACCGCUCCACCAGCCGGGUUCUACGUACGGCGUCCGUCGUCUAGUGCGCCCAUUGAUUUUGAAAACUGCCCUGAUAUGGAAGCUGUAACUUAGGAAUAAUAUGACUAUUACUCCUGCUAUUUUGCUCGCCAUAGUUUUACGUCGCUCCGCAGCUUCUGCUUUAAGAUAAAACGACAGACUACAGGACAUUUUUGCCGUAAAAAACUUCCCGGGAUAUAGCUUACAGACACAGAAAGGAUCAUCGGAUGCCAAAGGCCGGAAAUUCGGGUCUGCACACGGACACAGCUGUUAAUUCGGGAAUUCAUUUCAGAACUGCUUCAACUGCAUCAGAUGCCACAGUAAUUAUACUUCGGAAAUGUAAUGAGACAUACGUAGUGCAGCCGACCGAUUCAGUCGAACUUAAUCAGUCAAACUCAUGCCCAAGUUUUUGUCUCUGAAACAGUUUUCUAAAUGGAUAGUCUAGUUAUCCCUCCUACCUAAAACUAUCAUCACUCUCCACAAUUUUUAUGAAGCUCCAGAACCAAGUUCUUCGUAGCCAACCCUUUUUGAGCUGCUUGCCCACCUUCACCCCCUUUUUGGUUAGUUCCCGCCCCAUUGUGUUUUUGUCACCGUCUAAAUCGAACAGGUAGUUGAUUUAUGUUCCGCCAGUUUCAUCUCUCUAUUUGCCCUAGGUGUCAUUGUGCGCUUUUUUCUGUCGUCACUCGUUGCAUCGCCUUCUCUUCGUGUCCUUGACUCCUUACCCAUUAGUGGAACAGGCCUGUGCUCGGUUUGGAUACUAGACUCGCACGCUUCCUCGUAGGACCAUCCUCACCACACAGGAUUUGAAAGCUUCAUGAGUUUUUCUUAGCUUUGCUCAUCGUAAACCUCAACGAGGCUGGAGGACCAGACAUUCUAUACUCAUACCUACUUAGAUUUUUCACUGCAAUGCCGGUCAACGGUAGACGAUAUAUUGUGGACGCUCGCAGUCAAAGUGCGGCCUGAAAAUUACCAUGAGUCAACGCAUGACAACAGUCAGACAAUUCAUUUCGUACUUGACUUUCGAGUGGAAGUUUUAUCUCGGACUUAGUCGACUUAUCGGUCCGUUUGCUUGGACUUGUCGGCUUAUGAAGUACGGUCAAACUGUGAACGACUACCCCAGCAUUGUUAUUAGCUAUGUAGUUUGAUAUGUGGGUCGUCCUAAGUUUCCCAUUCAAAUUAGUUAGACGACCCCAUGUCCCAGUGAAAGUUUUUAUUUUGCCGCGCUAUGCACUUAACUACGUCCUCCUUGUUGGCCCAACUCUGACUUUAGUAAAUAAACUCAUCAAAGCGAAUGCCUAAGUCAGGCGGAAAACUCUACAAACCUUAUUUAAAAAAUGGAUGUUCCGUAGAGUUAGGCACAUAUCACCCCCGUCUGACACUUGAAACAGAAUAGCCCCGACCUAUAGUGGUAUUAGUCUUAACAAGUCCAUCACAAUGCCAUCAAUUAGAUGCCAAACCAGGCUAAUAGAGUGGACGAGAAGUUAAAACGAUAACUGUGUUUGGCUUAACGGUAUAGUCGCAGUAGCAGGCGUUGGCCUGCUAUUUUUGUCAGUUUAAGUCCUGCCCAGCAUUUGGUUAUUAGAUCCCGAGUUUAACAGCUAAUCCUUGUCAUGUCUUAUAACCCACGACCGCCGAUAAUGGUCACUCCACUUUCUGCCCAACUCCAGCUCUGUAGGAGAGACAGAAGUUAACAACAUCUGUUGGCGGUCUCAUUGCCAGCUUUUACUCAUUCACCUUGUCUCAGCAACACCUUCUUUGCGUUUUUAUUCCACUAUUAACCCGACGAAGAUUCCACCUUAUUCCGUCAGGUUAUCUAUCUUUGCUCGGCGCCUUUCCUUUUUAACCACCAUUCUUUUUGCUGUCAAGUCACUUUUCGUUUUCAGAUGUCAGAGAGUAGCGAAUCUCCGAUUGGCGGCUUCGCCUUGCAGGGCUCCAGCAGUUCUUUCAGCCAACGUCAGGCGGACAUUUUUGGUAAUCUGCAGGCCCUAGAGGACGCCCACCGUAAAGUGGAGGAGGAAACUGCGUCUGAACGACUCUACGUUCAGCAGUUUUGGCGAGAAACUAAGCCGGCGGUUGAAUCCCUAGAAGCAGAGAAGGAGGCGGUGGGUAAUGUUACCGGCUACAUUUCUGCCUUGUAUGCUCUGGUUCCCUUUUUUUCCAACUGGAUUUAUUAG